AUCAUGGAAAGCACUAUUCGCUGUCAUAAAAAUUGUCUCAGCAAAGACCAAAGACUAUUUCAUGGAAACUAUUGUUCAGAAUUGAAUGUAUUCAAAUGAAAAUAAUAAUAAAUUUACAAUGAUACAGUGAUUUUGUACACUCAAUACAUGUGGCAUAUUAAUUCUACAUUGCAAAAUGUGGAUUCCAUCCAAGUCGCCGAAAUUAGCCGUCGCUGUGUACAAUUGGAAGGGUGAUGUCCGUUCUGGGCUGCCACUGGAAAUAGGGGAAACUGUCCAAAUUUUAGAAGAAAAUGGAGUCUGGUACAGAGGAUUCAGCACGAAGAACAGGUCAACAUGGGGCAUAUUCCCGGCUUGUGUGGUCUCCAUCCGGCCUUGUACGGUUAAAGGGUCCGGGGCAACCGCAAUAGUCGAGCUAAAGGAUGACCCACUUGUUCGAGAAAUUGCCUGUGUUUUGAGAGAAUGGGCACGAUUGUGGAAGAAGCUUUAUGUGGAAAGAGAGACGUACAGAUUCAGCGCGGUCGCGAAGGUGAUGCGCGAGCUGCUGAGCGGUCGGCGAGCGCUCCUCGCCGGCACGCUCACGCAGGACCAGACCAGGGCGCUGCGGCUCAAACUCGUCGCCAAACUCGACUGGGGCAAUCGGAAAUUAGGAUUGGAGCUGGUGCCACGGCGAGGCGCCGAGGCGGUCGACCCUGAGGAUGUCAGUCUGGUCGAACUGUACAGGGUUCACGUGGAAAAUGCCGAGCGAUUUCGAGGCACACUCCGUCGCACAGGCGGGUCGGGAAGCAGUUUCAACUCCGGCACACUCACCAACAGCUCCACCACUCCCAUCACAACCACCACCACAGCCCAGUCGUACCAUCUCAUGUGCAGCAUGAGGGACUUCGGUCACACGGCCGGGGGUGACGAGGCGGAGCUGUUGCUUUGGUUACACGACGCCAGGCGAGCGCAGCCGCUAUCAGAGAGGUUCCGGAUAAGGAUAGCCAGAGACGGAUUCUCCAACUACGUAGACAGACUUCAUGCGAACAGCACAUUGUUUGCGGAUUUAUCAACAACAGACAUCAACCGCGAGCUGUGGCUGGUGGCGUGGGUGAUACGCGUGGGAAGGUGGGCGGGUGCGGGCAGUAGCGGCAGCGGCACGGGCGAGAGGCGAGGACCUGUCGCCAGGAGACCCUUGGGAGCCGGAGUACUGCCUCUCGCAGAGUUCCUCAAGCAGCCGGGACAACAUCCCGCUGAGAAAGAGUAUACGUUUAAGGUGUAUCAAUGUGAAGAGAAAGAUUUUCACCAACUACACGACAUGUUAAUACGGAAACAAACCAAUAAAUGCAAUAUAUUACCAGGACAACCCAAUUAUGGUAUCGUAGUCGCACUUCGACUGUUGACCAACUCUGGCAGCAUUACCGAGGCGGUGGCUUCAGGAGCGACCGUGACGGCGAAGCGGGGAUUCCCCGACGUCAUAAUGCCGGGUGACGUCCGCAACGACCUCUACCUCACGCUAGAGAAGGCAGAGUUCGAGAGAGGAGGGAAGAGUACUGCAAAGAACGUUCUCGCGACUGUCUCCGUGCAUGACAAUACUGGACAAGUUAUUAGUGACUGCGUGUGGGGUGCCAGUGGUGUGGGCUCCACUGCGUACGAGUCGCUGGUGCUGUACCACAACAACAGCCCGGCGUGGGGCGAGCAGCUGCGCCUCACCGUGCCGCUCGACACGUUCACGCACGCGCACGUACGCAUCGAGUUUAGGCACUGCUCUACUCGAGACAAGAACGAGAGGAAGCUGUUUGGUUUUGCGUUUGCGCGACUCAUGGAGGCGAGUGGGGCGACGCUUAGAGACGGCGCCCACGAACUAUACGUGUAUAAAUGUGACGAUCCCACCAAACUGUCGGGCGCGAGCUACCUGUCGGCGCCGUCGUGCGCGACGGACGCGGCGCGCGGCGCGCCCGUCAACGGCGUCGUGCCGACCUUCCAAAGAAGCUCCAAAGAAAACUGCACCAUAAGCACGCUGCUGUGUUCUACUAAACUUACACAAAACGAGGAUCUACUCGCACUGUUACAAUGGCGAGCCCGACCUGAAAAAGUUCAAGAAACCUUACUAAGGGUACUGAGACUCGGCGACGGACUGAGCUGCGAAGAGCUCAUCAAAUUCUUGAGAGACGUUUUGGAUGCUCUCUUCGCCCUGUUUUCCACUGAAGAUGGCAACAGCACCCCCCAUUCAGGCACCGUAUUUUUGGUGCUCAUAUCGAUAUGCAGUCUACUUGAUGAAAGCAGGUUUCAACACUUCAGACCAGUGUUAGAUGUUUACAUUGAAGAACAUUUUUCAGCUGCUUUAGUUUACAAAGGCCUGCUGUCGUCGGUGCAGCACUGCGCGGAGUGGGCGGCGGGCGCAGAGGGGCAGGAGCCGAUCCGCAAGUGCCUGCGCUCGCUGGGCGCCGUGUUCCGCCUGGCGGUGCGCUCGCGCGGCUUGUUCGCGCGCGCCACGGGCGGCCAGUACGAGGACAGCUUCCGCCGCGACGUGCGCGCCGCCCUGCACGCGCUCAAGGCCUUCGCGCAGCACCCGCACCGGGAACACAUCGCGCCCGCACAGGUGGCGUUGAUGUCAUCAUGGGCGGGCGUGGCGAAGGAGGUGUGCUCGGCGCUGGGCGCGGCGGAGGCGGCGCGCGCCACGGCCGGCAUGCUGGACGCCGCCGGCACCGCCGCGCCGCACGACCUGGCGCGCGCGCGCCUGCGCGCCGCACGCGACGUGCUCGCCGGCCCGCUCGGGCAGGACCCGGAAGCGCGCAACAUAGUCCUCACUACAACAUGUCAUCACCUCCGAGUACACCUAGCCAGACGCGACGAGUUAGCUCAAUGCGCAGAAAUACUAGGAGAGUUAGUUUCAUUACUAUGGAAGAAAAAGGAUCCUGAUCAGCCGUCCGACGAUGACGAAUUGGACCCCGAUGUGGACGUUCUAUGUUUAAAUACUUUGGACGUGCUCGUGGAAACUGUGUUGCAUCUUAUUGGAGGGAAUGCAUCUGUGUUGGGACCAAUGGUAGCUGCGUUACUCGGCGUAAUGGAGCUUUUAAGACCGAUUCAUUACCAAAGAUUGUGGAGUCACCUAGCACCGCAUCCGCACGAUAGAAAACCGUUGAAAGAUUUCCUAAUGAGAGCGUUCCUCGUAUUUAGACAUCUCAUUGAACAAGAUGUGUUCCCACCAGACUGGAUGGUUCUUCGCCUGCAAAGCUGCAAAGUGUUAUUAUCGGCUCUAAAAGAUUUGGCCGUUCCAUUACAAGAGAGAUUCCUUGGCGACGAACCUCCUCAGUUUGAUGCACAGCUUUGGGUGGGAUACCUGGAGCUGGGCGUAUCUUUGGUGACGUGUGGCGCGCUGCAGCCCGAGCGCUGGGCCGCCCGAGCACCGCGUGCCGCCGCCUUACGUGCUGCUGCUGCCAGGCAGGUGCUCACCGCCUGGAACCUGCUCGGCGCGGCGCAGCUGCAGGUGGUGGGCGGCGGCGUGGGCGCGCUGCUGGAGAUCACGCGCGCGGGCGAGGUGCGGCGCGCGGCGCUGGCGGCGCUGGUGGCGCUCAUGGCGGCCGAGCGCUCCGCCACGGGCGCCGCGCGCGCCGCCGAGCGCGCGCUCGUCGACAAGCUCGACGACCUCGUCGCGCACUCCGACGCAGACGACCACUACCGCAGGCUCUUCGACACCGUGUUGAUGGAAAGAGUAUCAACUGAAGGUUGGAGAGAAGCUGGUGCCGCUUUUGUUGGUUGCGUGACGCGUUUGCUUGAACGAUUGCUUGACUAUCGCGCUGUCAUGCAAGGCGCUGAACAUAGAGAUAAAAGGAUGGCUGCUACUGUCAAUUUACUAAAUUUUUACAAAAACGAAAUCGACCGCAAGGAGAUGUAUCUACGCUACGUGUACAAGUUGCAUGACUUGCACAUCGCAUCAGACAAUUUCGUGGAAGCUGGAUGCACACUCUUGCUCUACGCCGAAACACUAAGCUGGGACAGCGAUCAGACCGGAGUGGACCCGGAACAUCCGGACACACCCGAAUGGAAGCGCAAGGAAGCGCUCUAUAAUCAGGUGUUGCAGUAUUUUAACCGCGGGAAGUGUUGGGAGAAAGGUCUGCCACUACUCCGCGAGCUGGCAACACUGUACGAGGUGAAGUUGUGCGACUACCCUCGUCUGUCGCACUGUCUGCGGACGCACGCCACCUUCCUGGACUCUAUCAUGGAGCAACUGAGACCCGAGCCUGAAUACUUCAGGGUCGGCUUCUACGGGAAAGGGUGUCCGUUGUUUGUGAGAAACAAGCAGUUCAUCUACCGAGGUCUGGAGUACGAGCGCAUCGGUGCGUUCACCCAGCGGCUGCAGGCGGAAUACGUUUCCGCGCACAUCCUCAUGCGGAACACGCCGCCCGACGACUCCAUCAUAGCCAAUGACGGACAGUACAUCCAGAUCUGCAACGUGAAGCCGGUGCCGUCGCGGCGCGCGUGGCCGGCGGGCGCGCCCGACCAGCUGCGGCGCUUCUACGCGGCCAACGACGUCGACACCUUCCUCUGCGACCGCCCGCUGCACAAGCCGCCCAUCGACAAGGAUAACGAGUUCAAGAGCCUCUGGAUUGAAAGGACUACUCUAGUGACGGAAAACAGUUUGCCAGGUAUACUUCGUUGGUCCGAAGUCAUAUCGAGGUCCGUCGAGGAGAUACCACCUGUCGAAUUCGCCUGUGAAACGAUGGAGGCGACGGAACGUGAGCUUCGCAGUCUGAUCUCGCAGUACACGGCGGAGCCGACGCGGAACAUCAACCCGUUCUCCAUGCGGCUGCAGGGUACCAUCGACGCCAAUGUGCAGGGCGGCAUCACCAAAUACGAGCAGGCGUUCCUGGCGCCCGAGUUCGUGCGGGGGGCGCGGCCGCGCGAGGCGGCGGCGGCGGCGCGGCUGCGGCGGCUGGUGGCGGCGCAGCUGGCCGUGCUCGACGCCGCGCUGGCGCUGCACGCGCGCCUCGCGCCCGACGACGUCAAGCCGCUGCACCGGCGACUCGUGGAACGAUUCAAUCAAUUGAGACAGAACUUAGGACCGGGACUCGCUCGGGCGAGGCGACAACUUUCGGAAAGUAUUGUCAAUGUUUCUUUCAGCACGCCAUUACCACCAGUUCCAGCACUGGACAAAAGAUCUCAAAGUAUUCAACAGAACGACAAUUAUUACGAAGAUGGACAUUUGUACGAUAAACCGCUCUCCAUAGAAGAUCCCUUAGACCAGCAAAGCAUAAUGUCGACAAGUCUUCCAGUCGCGGACAACAGGGACUGUUUGGACGACAGCUCGAUGAUAAAGUCCGCGCCGCCGAUACCGACCCGACCAAAGUCGGGUGACCCGCGCAGUCCCACGCGGCCACCUUUGGAGAAGUAUCGUGAUUCUAUCGACGGCGAGGUGGUGGAGACGCGACGUCACAGUCGCGCGUCGUGGAGUGAGCCCGGCGAUGCACCGCCCCUGCCGCCGCGUGUGUCAGGCGAGAAGCGUUCGUGGGAGGGCGGUGCGGCGGGGCUGGCGGGCGUGUGCGCGGGGGCGCCGCCCGCGCUGCCGCGGCGCUGGCGCGACGACGACGCGCGCGACUCCGGCGUCAGCGUGGACGCGCACCCCUACACCAACGAGGACCACCGACACUUGCACAGAGAUCUCGAUCUGACAGUGGAAUCAUUACGCUACGAAGAAAUAAUAUCGAUGAUGUCGGAGCCGCUACGAGUGGAUGAGAACGAGACGCCGCCGCCCAUCCCGCCCAAAGGACUCGGCCAUCUCAGCAGCUUCGACUCGGGACAUCACGAGAACGGUGAAUCGCAUUGUUGAACGCCUCUUAUGGUUACUAUCGUAAAACAUUUUUUUAUCGUGACAAUUGGAUAUUAUCGAUAACUUUUUGCUAACCUUCAAUUUCAAUUAACUAUGCCAAUCGUUUUUUUCGAUCUACCGCGGAAAUGAACCAAUCAGAAUAAAGUUUUUUUUGUCAUGCUUGACAUAUUACAAUGAUACAAAUAAGUUAGUUUUGAUUUGUUUAGUCUCGAGAUUUGAUCGAAGAUUGGAAUGGUAUAUUGAAAUCGGACGUUAAUAAAGAAUCGCAUAAUAUCAGUACUACGUAAAAUAUUAGAGGCUUAACGUUUUAAAAGACGCGUUUUUUAACUUUUACAAUAUGGUCGGGCUGCCAAUUCACCUAUUUUUAAACAGCAUCGGUACUAAAAUGACGUUAAAUAAAUAAAAAAAAAAAAUCUCAUAUGAAGUGUCACGGUAUAAAAAUGCAUAUCUUAAACGUUAUCAAGACUGCUUUGCAUUGAAGGGGUUUAUUAGUUUGACGUCCACCCACGAGGUCAACAGAUGACCUCAUAAAAGUACCAUGAGGUCGCUGGAUGCGGGCCGCUUACAAUAGGUCGAUCUGAAAAUCUUUCGGGGAGGCUCAUGUUCACCAGUGGACAUCUUGCGGCUGAUGAUGAUUAGUUUGAUUGUUAAAACCAUAUCGAAAGCCAAAGUAUGUAUUCGACGACAUCGCUAUUCAAAUACAAAAUUAUAAAAUUUUGUGUUGUACUAUAUCUAUCCAAAAUGUGACAAUAGGUGAAGAAUGCACCAAAAUUGACUAAGUUUUGAGUAUUACGAAGCCUAUUGUGGUCAAUAUGCUGCUAGUCACUGAUAUCGUAUUUUUAGUGUGUCAGCAUUGAUAAGUUACAAAUAUAGUAUUUGAUUAUAAAGCCGAAAUAAGAAAAAUAUAUCCAGUUGUAUUCAUUUGAUACUUUUUUAUUGACGAUGGUUUUAUUAUAAUUACAACGACUUUACCAAACUGCAAUGUUAUCUUGAAUACUUAUAACAAUCAUAAGGUUUAUCGAUAAGUAAUUAUUCUUCCCAAAAUAAUUCAAACAUUCUCGUGACUACAUAAAACUCCUUAGUUAUUAAUUAUAGCAAUGUUUAAGUUGAAUAAUUUUGCUCUUCGUUUUUUAUCAGGAGUGAGUCGAGGUUUGUCUAACCAUUAUCUUUCGCUUGACACAUAUCUAACCGUGAUGCAAGUGGUUUUACAAUAUAAAUUUGGCCAUAAGUGAUUAUUUUAUGGAAUAUACGAUUUUAUGCUUUAUUUAAAAUGCAGUUUAGUUUAUAUUUCGGGGCCAUAAAACAGGUGAUAUAAGUUAUUGAAUAAUUGACGCUUACCAAUAAUAUCGGUAGUGAUAUGUGACUACAACUUUAAGUUGUUUCGUAAGUGUACGCAAUUAUACUAUAAUAUUUCGAUCUACGAUAUUCUUUGAAUACCCUACAAGUAAUUAUAAAACAUGAACAGUAAUAUCAAAAUAUUAUAUUGUUCCAAAUUCCAACACCUACACGAAUAGUAAGCCCUAUCGAAACAAAAAAAUAUUUUAUUUGAAGAUGAAGAUAAUUUGCUUUAUUCCAUCUCUUGAUCAAAGAGAAUUUGUGAUAACAAAUUUAAUGAUUCCUAUUCAAAGUAUUAAUUAUAAAUGGAAUUGGUAAAAGUCUUUAAUUACUAUUUGAUCUUCAUUCGAUAAUAUGUUCACGUCUUUUUAAAAUUUUAUAUUUAUUAAUGCAUUCUGUCGUUUUCAUGUUUUUUUAUUGAUUUUAAUGUAAGUUUAAGCUACAUAUUGUGAGACUAUAAUGCCACGAAGACAAAAAAUGUCUUUAAAUUAUUAAAGGUCAUUCGAUAUAUCCAUUCUGUGCCGGCGACGUGAUAUCACGUCUUGACGUUUUACUUCACGCACGUCACGUUACGUCAUAACUUUUUUCAUAAUAUGAAUGCACGAAAAAGAUCAUUUACAUAAGUCUUUGUUUAUCUUUGCUCAACAUAAUACAAUAUUUAAUUUAACCAUCUAUUUAAUUUAUAUUUACUAUUGAGUAUAAUUAUUUAAUAUGCAACUAUGGAAAUAAUUAAUUUUACAUACUAGUAUUAGGGGAUACUGACAUUUCAAUUAUGAAUUUAAUGAAUUGGAUUUAUGUUAUUAAUAAUCGAUAAUGACGUUUCAUUUUAUUUUUGUUCAUCGAAAAAAAGGAAAAUAAAUUAGUUAGACAGAUACAUGAAACUAAUCUAAGGAAUACAAAAUCAUAUGCGUCUUAAUGUGGGGUUUAUGAGUUUUUUUCUCUUCCCACACAACACCAAAAGUAUAUAAUAUUAUGCAUGUAGUUAUAAUUUAAGUCGUAGCGUGGACACUCGACUAGGUAACUAGUAGCUGUAAAGCUCUGUCGCACCUAAGAUAAUAUUAUUACUGAUGUUAAAUGGGCAAACGUGCAAGCAAUUGAUUAUUAUUAUUGUAACUGAAACAUUAUUUAUCAUCGUCAAUGCAAUUAAAUUAUGUUAACGAUUUUUGUAAGUAUUUUUACAUGUAAUGAAUAUAGUAUACGUUAAUAAUCACAAAUUAUAAAACGCACAAAAGGUUUCAAUUAUUUCACAUGGAACAGUAUUACAACGAGAGUAAUUCGUUAUAAUGCAUUUUUUAAACUUGUAAUAAUAAGUAUUUGAGAACCUCGUAACUGGUGCAAUUUUUAUUAUACUUCUAUAUUAUGUUUCUUUCAAGAACUACAAUUUACAAUGCAGUUUAAUAUUUAACUGUUUUGGUUAGUAUAUGGUAGCACUUUUAUUUAUAGUUUAUAUAUUGUUCCUAGUUUAAGAUAACUUUUCAAUUGACGAAAACAAUUUGCUUAUACUUUAAAAUUCUCGAUCUCAAUUGUAUUUGGAGGCUGAAUAAAACCCUUUAUUUGAAUACUGAAAUCUUGAAUCAUUUAAAGUAAAAUAAGAAUCGACAAAUUGUUACUUGCUUUUAAAUCAUCAAUAAAAUAGCGAAUUCUUAACACACCCAUGAGGAUUAUUUAAGUAAGGGGUUUUAAUAAAUAUUUUAAAAUUCAAUACCUAAAAUAUUUGUACGAUUUUUCAAAACUACUAUAGGUAUUUUUAAUUCGUUAUUUGAUCGCUCUUUUAUAUACUUAUUAACCAUUAUUAACCAUAACUGAACUGAAAUUGACUGUCAAAUUUUUACUCCAAAUAUAUUAAUGUCUUUCCGAUUAUCAAGUGAUAUUAAUUACAUUUUAUUGUAGAUGUUUUUAUAUGUAAUAUAGUUUUUAGAUUUUAGCCACUAUGACAUUUCCAACGAACAAUUUCUUAAGAAUUUACAGUUUUUGAAUAUUUACUCAUGUUUAUUGUAUUUUAUGUGUUGUACUACGCUAUUGUAACUAUAGUUCUAAGUUAUUUUUUCGUUCAAUUUUCAUACCGCAAUCGUAAUACAGCAAUGCGACAGUGAAAAUAAAAUUGGUGACGUAACACUGUAUUUUACAACAUUUAUAUAUAAGAGCUAUUUAAUACAUUUUCGUGCUGAUGACGUAAUAACACGUCUAAUGUCUUCUUCAUGUCAUUCGACGUAUAAUUCCGUCACGUAUAAAUAAAAUGGCCAUAGAUGUUAUUAUAAUGCAUCCAUUGGAGUGUUUCUGUCGCAUGUUAAUACAAUUAUUGUAUAGUCAACUCCAAUUAGGGGCAUUUUAGAUCUUGACUAGAGAGAUUAAGUACAUGUUUAGAAUUAUUUUUGUAUAUUUAGUAUACUAUCUUACAUAUUAUAAAGCGGUCACAGUUUCGGAAAACGCCGCAUAAUCUUUGUGAUUAUAAUACUUAUUCACAAAAAAAAAAAUUAUAUUUACUUUCUACAGUCCAUUUUUUUUUUUGUAACCACCAAUGCAUUUAGCAGUUGGCAUAUAGCGAGAAUAUUAUAAGACCUGUCCACCCAUUCGGGGAUACGAGCAUAAUGGAAUUUUAUGAAUACUAAUAUGUAAUUCAUAGUUAUCAAUUUAUUUACUUUUAACCCGUUUAGCAUAAAUCAUCAGUGAAUUAAAUUAUUGUGCUUUGUAUUGACGUUGAAAUUAUAUCGAUAUUAAUAUGUUUCAUAUCGAUAUUUGUUUAUGUUUUACUUGGGCUGUAGACAUAGAUAAGUACUAAAAUUAAAAGUUGAUGUAUUUUUGUCAUGCCUAUCAAAAUUAUAUAAUCGUUGAGAACGCGAUAGUAUUGUCUUGUAGAAUAUUUAUAAAUUAUAAGAGUUGACACAGAUUUACCGCCCUGACACCUAAUCGCCUCAAAACAUGUCAUUGAAAAAUGGUGCUUAGCGUAUGUGGCAUGAAAUACAUUUUUUAAUAAUUUAUACAUUUUGGUAUGUUAUUCUUUCGCUUCAUAAAUCUUAUAAAGGCAAGUCAUAUAGACUAGAAAGGGAGGUCCUGACUUCCUUUCCUAGUUUGGGUCAAUUUUUUUGGGUCUUUUUUUUCGGUAGUAAUUCAUUCGGUGGUUAACGUUUGCCGCUAAAAGUACAAUAUUUUUUUCUGCAAAAAAAACAAGUUCUGUGGGAUAAAGGCGGAUGGAAGUAGACUAUUCUAAUGUAUAUUAAAGCACGUAUCUUAUGCCACAUAUUAACAUCGAUUAAAUUAUAUUUUGAGUUUUUGGUGUCGAAGCGAUAAUUCAGCUUCAACCUUCUCCAGUUCGAAGUAUUUUCUACCGCAUUGUUAUAGAAUAAGAAAUGUCGAGUUACCCAUGUUUGUAUGUGUGUUGACGAAAUUUGUAUGAAUGCAUUAUUCGUGCGUGGUCAAUGUAAUCAUUUAUAUGUAGGAAUAUGAAGAUCCAUUUAUUUUAAAGCAUUAAUGUAGUAUAACGUCUUCGUACCAAAAAGUCUGCAGUUAUUUUUGUAACGUUUGCUAUCUGAGAUAUAUUUAAAUUUAUUUUAGCGGUGUAAGGAAACGCGGUGGGGCACGUUUUCGGAGAUUUCGACGUAGAUUAAUGAUAAUAAAUUAAAGGUAUGUUUAUUUGUAUAUUUUUUUCAAAUUCUCGAACAGUAUGUGUACGGAUAUUUUUUCAUUUCAUUAGCUUAGACGGACGAUAGCGGUCGCCAAAUGAAAUUAAUCAGUACAAAACGUAGUGGUGUGUACCAAGAAGCGAAUGCCGAGUAGCUAUUGUUAAAAUUGUAUGUAAAUGGGCGAAAUAAAUUUAGUAGAUGCAGCAUGAA